CUCCAACUCAAUAGCUCAUUCCACAUAAGCCACUGAUUUACCUCAUCACUGGUGCGUCUAACGUUCGGGUGGAAUGGUCAUGCCUUUGGUUGAGUAUCUAGUAUGAAAGUUUGAAUAUUUUCCUUUGCAGAAUCAUGUUGUCAUCAAGAUCACUUUCUUCUCCUUGCACCCAAAACCUCGUUAUACAUCAAGUUAUGGCUGCUAUUAUACGUAAUCGGCCGUUUGAGGCUUCAAUUCCCCAACACAUUUGGACUGUACAAACAGUUUCUCAAGUCUUAAGAUCAAUCCCCAGAUUUCUCUUCCAAUCCCCAAGAUCCAUCGGCCGCCAAAAUGGGUUUCGCCACCGUACCCCAUUAAAGCAAAGAAACCUAAGACGAGAGUUCCAUAACGCUCGAAAGGGUGUACUCAUUCUCGGCCCAAUUGCUCAUAAGGAUCCCCAAAAGGUACAACUAGGAUUGGAGAAAGCAUUGGAAUUUUUCCAUUGGGUUGAGACCCAUUGUGGUUUUACUCACAAUGAGCUCACUUGCAGAGAAAUGUCUCUUGUUCUGGCCAAAGGGUCUUGUAAAUCGAAGCUCCUUUGGGAAUUUCUCAAAAGAAUGUCGAGAAGAGGACUUUUGACGACACCCACCAUUACCUGUUUGAUAAAAUGCCUAGGAGAAAUGGGGUUGGUAAAUGAAGCAUUGGCUACCUUCUACAGAAUGAAACAAUUUCACUGUAAGGCUGAUGUAUAUGCCUACAACACUCUCAUAUUUGCUCUUUGUAGAGUUGGGAAUUUCAAAAAAGCCAAGUUCUUGAUGGAUCAAAUGGAGUUGCCCGGUUUUAGGUGUCCACCGGAUGUCUUUACGUACACGAUCUUGAUUAGCUCGUAUUGUAGAUAUGGUAUGGAAACUGGCUGUAGAAAGGCUAUUAGAAGGAGAAUAUGGGAGGCGAAUCACUUGUUUCGCCUUAUGCUAUUCAAAGGAUUUAUUCCUGAUGUAGUAACUUAUAACAGUUUGAUCAAUGGAUGCUGCAAAACUAAUAGGAUAGAGAGGGCAUUGGAGUUGUUGGAUAAUAUGGUGAAAAGAGGGAUUGCACCUAAUCGCAUUACGUAUAAUUCUUUCAUUAGGUACUAUAGUGCUACAAAUGAGAUUGAUAAGGCUACUGAAAUGCUGAGAAGAAUGCAAGGAAUGAAUCGUGGAGUAGUACCAUGUAACAGUUCGUAUACACCCAUAAUUCAUGCCAUGUGUGAAACUGGUAGGGUGGUGGAGGCAAGAGAUCUUCUUGUGGAAUUGACUGAACAAGGUUCAAUUCCAAGAGAAUAUACUUAUAAACUAGUUCGUGAUGCUUUAAAAUCUGUUGGGAAGAUUGAUUUGCUUGAUGAAGAAUUUUGUACAAGAUUAGAAGAGGGUAUUAAAGGUAGGAUUAGACAAGUGAUGAAAAUAAAACCUUUGUUGCAGCAUCAAAGUGUUUCAUAGAAUUGAAUUUUAUGCUUUUUAUGGAUUUUGAUCUUAUAAAAACGUAAGGGAUCUAACAUAUAUUGUAAUGAAUUGUUACGCUA